GUGCCCUCUACCGGCUCCACCCUCGCCGCCAUUUCCCCUCUCUCGGUCUCUCCCCCCACGCCCUCACGCUCUCACCGAAGCGCCGCCGCUAGGGUUUGCUCCGCCAGCCGUGAACCCUAAACCCUACUGCUCUGCUCCCUUCCCUACAGCGCAGGCCACUACUCAGCAGUCUAGCUGCUACGCUUAGCUCCCCGCCUCGAUCGGGAGCUAGGGUUUUACUCGCCCCCAAUCUCGGGUGGUUUCGGGCCGGCGGCGACGCGGCAUGGCGGGGUACGGGGAGGAGAACCAGGACGCCAUGAACGGGUACGAGGAGGAGGAGGAGGAGGAAGAGGUGGAGGAGGUCGAGGAGGUCUACGAGGAAGAGGAGGAGGAAGGGGACGGGGAGGCGGACGAUGGGGCUGCGGCCGCGGGCGCGGAGGAGGCGGCGUCGGCGCCGGAUCCUGCUGAGAUGAGAAGCGGAGGUGGAGGUCGAGGCCUAGCGGAUGUUGUUGGGGAUGCUGACGCCGGCGGCGAGGAAGGGAGGGAUGCAGAUUCUGGGGGCGGCGACGCCUCGGGGAAGAUUUUCGUAGGGGGUGUAGCCUGGGAGACCACCGAAGAAACGUUCACUAAACAUUUUCAGAAGUAUGGUGCAAUAACUGAUUCCGUUAUCAUGAAGGACAAGCAUACGAAGAUGCCUCGUGGAUUUGGAUUUGUCACAUUUUCCGAUCCAUCUGUGAUUGAUAGGGUUCUAGAGGAUGAACAUGUCAUAGAUGGAAGAUCGGUUGAAGUCAAAAGGACUGUCCCAAAAGAGGAGAUGUCAACAAAAGAUGGUCCUAAGACAAAAAAGAUCUUUGUGGGUGGUAUCCCGCCAUCUCUUACUGAAGAUAAAUUGAAGGAGCACUUCUCCUCAUAUGGGAAGGUGGUUGAGCAUCAGAUUAUGCUUGACCAUAGCACUGGGCGUUCACGAGGCUUUGGAUUUGUCACGUUUGAAAGUGAAGAUGCUGUUGAAAGGGUUAUGUCACAGGGGAGAAUGCAUGAUCUUGGAGGGAAACAGGUUGAAAUAAAGAAAGCUGAGCCAAAGAAACCUGGUGGGGGUGAUUCAAGCUCAAACGGGAGAUAUAGUCGUGGGGGUGGUGGUCACCGUGAUUCUUACCGUGGUAGUGGUGGUGGCGGCUCUGGGAGCAGCAGUGGUGGUGGCUAUGGAUAUGGAGGUGGCUACCGAUCAGCUGCAGCCUAUUAUGGCAGCACAGCUUAUGGCGCAUAUGGCAGAGGAUAUGGAUACGGCAAUACUGCUGGCUAUGGGUCUGGUUAUGGCUCAGUUUAUGGUGGUUCCAUGUAUGGUGGUCCAUACGGCGCAUACGGGGCAUAUGGCGGUGCCUAUGGAGGUGGUGCAUAUGGUGCACCAGGAGGCUACGGCGGUGCAGGAGGAUAUGGCGGAUACGGUGGGGCUGGAGGCAUGGGUGGUGGUGGUAGCACUGGCGGUCGGGGCUCGAGGUACCACCCUUAUGGAAAAUGAUCAUCAAUUCAUAGCGGUUUUCUAGGAUCUGAUAAUAAAGAGUCCUAUACCUUACCUCAUUUCUGCUACUGAGAAAAUGGAACAUUCCAUUCACUUCGUCUGAGUCAGCGGCAUCAGAACAUUGUUUUUUUUCUGGAACUUAGCAUUGCACUGUGUCCGGCAAGAAAUAUCGUAGGCUAUAGUCGCCGAACCCUGAACUACCCCCUGAGCUUUCUGUAGAAGCUGCAGCUAAAACUCCUGUUGUAUUCUUGUAGCCUGCUAUGAACCUUAGAACCCUUGAACCAAACUUUGUGGUAGUAGAAAUAUGGUGCGAUGGAACAUAUGUAUGUUGAUGUAACAUUCGCUCACUGAUUGGCUGACUGUUGCUGUCUCUUCUUAUAUGUGGAGAGAAGCUUCUGAAAAGGAUUGGACUAAUGCUUCUAAAGUUCUAAUUGGAUAUUCUAUUAUGUUA